UCUAAAGCCUAUCUCCGCAACAGCCACGUGAUUCGUAAAGUAAAGAAUUAACUCGCAGUUUAUCAGAUACCAUGAGGUGUGUGUCAUCCAAACGGCGAGACGAACUGUCAAACGUUUCUCCAUUGAUGUAUUCUCAUGUAAAGAAGUAUUCCAAAUGUAAUCGGAAAUUCGUUUAUUAGUUAUUAAUAUUAAUAAGCAAAUGGCGGUGGAUUGCAAGUUAAAUAUCAUAGUACUUGGAGAUUCCGGUGUGGGGAAAACUUCUUUGCUUUUGCGCUUUACAACACAAACUUUCAAAGAGUUUCAGACUAGCACUAUAAUCGAUUGUCUUCAUAAACAAAUGAAUAUUGAAGGAAAAGAAGUAAAACUUGAUCUGUGGGAUACUGCAGGGCAAGAUCGGUAUAGGACACUUACUAAAAGUUACUACAGGAUGGCGGACGGUGUUAUUCUUGUCUAUGAUGUUGGAAACAUAGUUUCUUUCAGCAAACUUACUAGCUGGCUUCAAGAACUCAGAGGAAUGAAUGAAAAUGCGGCAAUUGUAAUAGUUGGGAACAAAACAGAUAAUUUGAACCGAAGGGCUGUAACACUACAAGCAGUUGAAAGCUAUGCUAAAGAAGAAAAAUUACCAUUCAUAGAAACGAGUGCAAAAAAUGGGAAUAAUGUUAACACGAAUACUUUAUUGUGAUAGCCAUUGCGUUACUAAGUACAUA